GCUCACUGCCAUCCGAAGACUCCGACAAGCCUCUUAACUACCUCAACUACUUCAACUACCGCAAAAACAAUCACAAUGCCUCGUCAACGUGGAGGAGCUGCUCCCCGCCGUCCCACGCCCGCCCCCGCAAAGCCCGCCGCACCUGCUGCACCUCCAGCCAGGCAAGCUUCUACCAUGGCCGCGCCUCCUGCGCAACAACACGCCGCUCCUCCUGCUCAGGCUGCUCCUGCUCCUGUCCAGAGCCAGGGCCCGGGACUCUUUGGCCAGAUGGCUUCGACCGCUGCCGGUGUCGCGGUAGGCUCCUCCAUCGGCCACGCUAUCGGUGGCUUCUUCAGCGGCGGCUCCUCCUCCUCUGAGCCCGCUCAGCAGCAGGCCGCCUCCACCGACUUCGCGCAGCAGCACCAGACCGCCAACUACAACACCCAGAGCGGCGCUUGCCAGGCACAGAUUGGCGACUUCAGGAAGUGCAUGGACGAGAACCAGGGUAGCUUGAACAUUUGCGGAUGGUAUCUGGACCAGCUCAAGGCUUGCCAGGCGGCGGCUAGCCAGUAUUAGAGGGUAUGGAGGGAUGUAGGGGGUUGAAGGGAAGUGAUAGAACAUCUUGUAUACCUAGCAGCAUGGUUGUCUCUUGGUAGCAAGUUUAGACAGCGUAUCUGCAUCUGCAUUUGCAUCUCAACCGGAACGUCGUGGAGUGGUCAUUGUACAAUAUUGAUAGAUCGAAUCAUAGCCACCUCUACUCCAAUGUACCCUCUUCACUUCG